CCGGUUACCGGUCCCGGGUCCCGGGGCCGCAGGAGCCGCCGUCCCGCGGAACCGCCGCCCCCCCGCGCCCACGCAGGUACCGGGCACCGGAGGUGCCAGCAGCCCCCCCCCCAGGAUGGCGGAGGCCCACCAGGCCGUGGCCUUCCAGUUCACGGUCACCCCCGAGGGCUUGGACUUCCACCUGAGCCGCGAGGCCGUGCGGCAGCUCUACCUCGCCGGCGUCUCCUCCUGGAAGAAGCGCCUGGUCCGCGCCAAGAACAGCUUCCUGACCGGCGUGUACCCCGCGUCCCCCUCCAGCUGGAUGGUGGUGGUCCUGGCCACCGCCGGCUCCUGCUACUGCCAGGUGGACCCGUCCCUGGGGCUCAUCGCCCGCAUCCGCCACUGCCUCCCCCACAGCGAGGUGCUGACCCCCCAGGCCCGCACGGUGGUCAGCACGGUGCUGUUCUCCACGGGGGCCUGGCUGGCGGCCGUGCUGCUCUUCCGGAGGCUGCUCCGGCUCCUGCUCUCCUACCACGGCUGGAUGUUCGAGCCCCACGGGCACAUGAGCCGCAGCACCCGCCUCUGGGUGGCGGUGAUGAAGAUCAUGUCCAUCCGCAAGCCCCUCCUCUACAGCUUCCAGAGCUCCCUUCCCAAGCUCCCGGUGCCCCCCGUGGAAGCCACCGUGGCCCGGUACCUGGAGUCGGUGAGGCCGCUGCUGGACGACGACAAGUACAAGGAGAUGGAGGCCUUGGCCAAGGAAUUCCAGGAGAAGACGGCGCCGCGGCUCCAGCGGUACCUGCGCCUCAAAUCCUGGUGGACCACCAACUAUGUGAGUGGGGGGGGUCACCUGGGACACGGGGGACCCCCCUCCAGCCUUUGGGGUGGUGACCGUGGACCUGGUGUCUUCCCCAGCGGCGUGAGGAGGGAUUUGGGGUCUCCGGGGUGUCCUGGCUGUGGCAGUAGGGGCAGAGGGUCCUGUGCCCUGUCAUUGUCACCAUCCCCUGUUUCUGCCUCCUGUCCCUUUCCCUGUCCCCUACUCUUG